AUGGUGGGGUCCCUUGGGGGUCGAGGUGGAUGGGACGACGCCCGCCACACCGAUACGGCCUGGGUGUCGAUCCGCCUGAAGGAUGUGAACGACAACCCGCCAGAGUUCCGCCGGUCGCUCGUUCACAUCACCGUACGGGAGGACACGGCGCCUGGGACACUGCUCGCCUCUAUGCCAGCGUGGGAUCCGGAUAUGGAAGGGCGGCAGCGCGUGGAGUACCGCGUCGUGGGCGGCUGGGGCGCCCUGAGCGUGGAGGCGGGUGGAGGCGUGCGACUGUGGCGCGCCCUGGACCGGGAGGGCGAGGGCGGCGCCGAGGGCGUGGCGCGGGUGGUGGGCGUGGACGAGGGCCAGCCGCCGCUUUCCUCCACCGCCACCCUGUCCAUCACCGUGACGGACGUCAACGACUGCCCGCCGCGCCUGCUGCCGCCCACGGUGCUGCACGUGAGGGAGGGCGCGUCCGCCGCCCGCCUGGGCGUGCUGACGGCCACGGACGACGACGUGUGGGAGAUGGGCCACGGGCCGCCCUUCGCGCUGGCGCUGGCCGCCUCCAACCCCGCCCACGUCCUCGACCUGAUCGCGCUCAAGUUCGACGCCAGUGAGUAUGGUGGUUGGCACCAUAAACCUUCCCGCCUCAGAUUCAAGGGAAAGUGUGGGCCCGAUAACCCUGCCCGCCUCAGCUUAAGUGAAAGCCUGGACAGCGGGCGCGGCGGGGCGGAGGUGUGGGCGCUGGGGCCCGUGGACCGCGAGCGGCACCGCCAGCUGACGGCCGAGGUGGUGGUGCGCGACGCGGGCGGCCUGGCGGCGUCGCACCCCGUCACCGUCGUCGUGGAUGACGUCAACGACAACCCCAUGCGCCCCGCCGCCAAGACCGUCUACCUGUGGAAGAUCCAGGGCGGAGGCAGCGACGCUUCCUUAGGUCGUGUGUACGUGGACGACCCCGACGACUGGGACCUGGACGACAAGAGCUUCGCGUGGGCAGGCUCCCCUCACCCCCUCUUCUCCCUCAACACCAGCACGGGAGACAUCUACGCCUCUCCUCUCCUGAGGGAGGGAAGUCACACUCAACAGGGGAAUGAAGUCACUCCCAGCCCCACGAGCCUUAAGACCGUACGAGCUGCACUUCUCCGUGAGCGACCGCGUGUGGGGGCAGCACAACGUCCGCGCCAACGUGACCGUGGGCGUGCGCUAUCUCACCACGAAGCCCUCGCCCACGCCGUGCCCAUCACACUCACGCCCACCACGCCCUCGACUCUCACAGCGGGAUGGACGCCUCAACGUGGAGGCGGCGGCUUGGGUACGCUGACGAAGGCGGUGCAGCGGGCGCUCGGCGGCGGGGACUCGAACACCGUCGACGUCGUGAGCGUCUACGGCCGCCCCGAGCCCUCUCCGGCCGCCGUGAGCUCGUCGCCGCCCACGCCGCCCUCGGCCGAACCCGCUCCCUCGGUCAGGUCGCGCCGCACGCCCGCCAGAGCGCCCUACGCCUGUGUGUGGGUGAGCGUGAGGGCGGCGGACGACACCUUCAUGGACCCCGUGAAGGUGCAGGGUGUCCUAGCGCUCCACAUCCAACAGCUUGAGCAGACGAUGAACCUGCGAAUCAGCUUCGAGGACCCCCUGAGUCCGGCCAUGCAGGGGGGGGAGGCGGAGGGUAUGGGGGGGUCUCCGGACAUGCCCCGGGACCCCUCCUCACUCGCCUCCAAAGCUCUGCCACUUCAGGUGGUGGACACGAACUCGACCUCCCUGGUGACGCCGCCUCACCCGCGCCCACGACUGCCGCCUGCACGCCCGCGACGGCGACGCGGCCUGCACGGAGCGCUCCUGCCUCAACGGCGGCCGCUGCGUCAGGAUGGACAAGGGGAACAGGUGCGUGUGCCCCGGGGGCGCCUCGGGGCCGCGCUGCAAGGUGGCGGCGCGCAGCUUCCGCGGCUCCGGGUGGGCGUGGGUGCCGCCGCUGCCGCCCUGCCUGCCCAGCACGCUCUCGCUGCGGCUGCUCACCCCGCCGCGCGCGCCCUCGUGCUCUACUCGGGCCCGCUCUCCGCCACCUCCGCCCGCCCGCGCUUCCCGCCCACGCCCAUGAUGGCGCUGCAGCUGGUGGACGGCCGCCCGCAGCUGCUGAUGGAGGGCGCCCGCGGCCGCGUCCGGCUGCAGGUCAACGCCUCCGUCAGCACCGGCACCUGGCACACGCUGCACGUGCACCUCAACGGCCAGGGCGUCUCCCUGAUGGUCGACUUCUGCGGGCGGGGUUGGACCAACGACCUCACCCACAGCGACGCCCACUGCAUAGCGCGGGCGGCGUGGGCGGAGAGUCACGCCACAGAGGGGUGGGCCGGUCAGGGUCCUCUGCAGGUGGGCGGCCUGGCACACCACCCACGCCACGCCCGUCGGACUACGGAUGGUCGGAGGCGCCCGUGAAGGAGGACCUCGAAGGAUGCGUCUCGCACCUCAGGGUUAAC